AUGGACGUCCUAGGGCUUCUAGCCAAUAUAUCUCAGGUCAUCGACCUCCUCGUUAAGAUCGGUGUCAUGUGUUCCAUCUAUUGUGUGGACGUGAAAAGGGCUCCUGGCGAUGUGCGAAGACUGCUAAAGGAGGUUGAUCGACUCACAGCCGUCAUCAAAGAGCUUGAAAGCCUUCUUCAAAGCCCGAAAGGAUCUUCCAAACUAGAAACUCCGAGUCUCCGCCAAGCAGUUUUUGACCUUCGCAGGCUACUAGCAGAGACGGUGGCAAAGCUGGAUUUGGGAGCCAAGCAUGCCAGAGCAGUGUGGCCUUUCAAAAAGCGGGAGAUUCACGAGAUUUUUGCAACAAUUGAGAGGCAGAAGGCCAAUAUUUUGUUGAACAUCAACAUUGAACAAACGUCCCUGCUUCUAGAUGUUCAUCAAGAGACUGUUAUUUCCAAGCUACGAAUUGCAAACGCAGCCGCUUUCGACUCGAGUCCAGAUGGAGAGCAAUCCUUCUGUCUUGAAGGCACGCGAAACCACAUCAUCGCGCAAAUCGAGGAAUGGGGCACCAACCCAGACAGCCAGUCAAUCUUCUGGCUCAACGGCAUGGCAGGGACUGGGAAAUCUACCAUUUCUCGAACAAUUGCGCAAUUAUUUGCAAAAAAGAGCAUACUAGGUGCUAGCUUUUUCUUCAAGAGGGGCGGAGGAGAUCGCAGUGGAACAAAUUUCUUUAUAACUACAAUCGCUUUGGUCCGUCGGAUUCCUUCUUUCGCUCCACGAAUCCGUGAAGUUCUUGACCGCGAACCUGAAAUACACGAGAAGCCUCUAGACGAUCAAUUUCAAAAACUCAUUUUGGAUCCACUGAAGAAGAAUCCAGGAUGUUGGUCUUCAAAUUUGCUUAUUGUGGUCGACGCUCUUGAUGAGUGCGACAAUGAAGGGACUAUGAGGACUCUAAUCAGCAUUCUCUCAAAAGCUCAACAGAGAAAUAACCCACGGCUAAAGUUUUUCCUCACAAGCAGACCUGAACUGCCCAUCCGCCUCGGAUUUGAGGAGAUUGGUGGGAAAUAUGACCAUCUGCUUCUCGCGACAGUGUCAAAGGCCACUAUUGAGCAUGAUAUAGGGCUUUUUAUGAGAUAUCAGCUCGACGCAAUCAAAGCGGACUACAACAAAUCCGUCUCAAGUCAUCGCAAAAUCUCUACUCAAUGGCCCGGCGAGGAUGUAGUGCAACAACUUGUCGAUUCAGCCGUCCCGUUAUUUAUUGUUGCCGCAACGAUAUGCCGCUUCUUGAGAGAUAGAAGAUUAGGAGGCCCUCAUCAUCAAUUAAGCAAGAUUCUCGAGUAUCAAAAGAUACAGAUAUCUGGUCUUGAUAUGACGUAUCUUCCAAUCUUGGACAACCUUAUUGUUAAUCUUCCUCCGUCUGCUAGGGUUGAAGUACUGACUAGAUUCCGGUACUUAAUCGGUUCAAUAGUUACCCUUGCUCAGCCUUUGUCUAUACGAAGCAUCGCCGAUCUCCUGGGAGUUUCUACAGAUGUCAUCGAAGAUCAACUCGAUCUGUUACACUCAGUACUUGAUGUUCCUACUGACUUAGACACCCCAAAGCUUGAGGCAACGAAUACACAAGCCAUCGGAGGUCUUUUACGAGACGCAAAGCGAUUCAUUCAGGCGAACGUGACGACAUUCGAUAAAGCGCCGCUCCAAAUAUACUCUUCUGCUUUAAUAUUUGCUCCUGAGAGAAGUGUUGUCAAAUACAUGUUUAAAUCGAGCAUCCCACCAUGGCUCCAUACCUUACCAACAAUGCAGUCUCACUGGGAUCCUUGCUUGGCUACAUUUCAAGACCGGAGUAGGGCAAGCGUUGUUCUUUUGGCAAUUUCCGUCGGGAAUAGAUUUCUUUCCCUUCCCGGGCUUGGAGGCCAACUCAAAAUUUGGGAUGCAGGAAUAGCAUCCUGUGUUGCAACACACGAUGAUGCUUUGCCCAACUCUGCUUGGGCGUCAUCUGAUGGUGUAGAAAUAUUAUAUAUUUCUGGGCGCGAAGGGCUCCGAAUCAUGAACGCCUCAACAAGAAGCUGCAUUGCGGAAUAUAGGGGCCACACUGGCAAGAUUGCUCAUGCCAUGUUCUCGGCGGAUGGCAAGCAGUUUGCCUCGGCCUCAGAAGACGGGACUUUAAUAAUAUGGGACAGAGUAUCUGGCAAGUCCGUCUCAAUCCACGAUCAUGAGCACACUGAUCAGAUGGUGGGGUUUUCUCCGGAUGGAUUGACAUUUCUGACGAUUUCGAACCACAAUACUAUUCGGCUUCUUCGUUCAAAGGUAAGCGGCCAUAUGUUGGCGAUCGACGACCACAAAGAACGUGUUAAAGCUGUCGUUUUUUCUCCAGACAGCCAAAAACUCGUGUCUGUUGAUAUAGGUGGUACAAUCAGAUUCCUAGAUAGGCUUUCAGGCAAUUGCCUAGUAGCUGAAGGAGCCUGUGCCCUUUUUGACAAAUGUCUGCUCUUCUUCUCUGGCGGCACCCGACUUAUUAGUGCUGUGAAAGAAGAUGUCGAGAAGGGACAUAGAAUCGGUAUCUGGAAUGUUUUGAAAGCCAAUUGCGAUUCUGUUUUAGAGGGCCAUCGCGCUGCCAUAUCGGACAUCGUCCUAUCAAAGGACGAAAGCACGAUUGCCUCAGCUUCAUAUGAUAAAAGCAUAAGAAUAUGGAAUACGCAUACGAUGACUUGUAUUGGGAUAUACGAUGGCCACGCCGAAUGCAUUACCAGCCUCGCUUAUUUAGCUGAUGAAAAGCUACUCAUAUCGGCAGAUAUGGACGGAACCUUCAAAGUCUGGGAUGCUAAUAUUACAAUACAAUCAGCGGAGAUUGAAAGCCAUGGCAGUGCCGAGGUCGAAAGCCAUAAGGGGGCAGUCCUCGAAGUUAUCUUUUCUCCAGACAAGAAGAAGAUUAUAACCACAUCUGGAGACCGCACAGUGAGACUAUGGGACUCCGCUACGAGCAAGUGUCUGUUGACGGGCACAGACCACCGAAUUUUUGCACAGGUGCCCUUGAUGGUUCCUCAGGAUACUCCUACAGCCCCAUUCGAUCAUGUUAUGAGUUCUCAUGGACUCUUUGGUUGGCCAAGAUCGGUCAAAUUUUCGGCGGACAGCUCGACAAUUAUAUCUUCAACCGAGAGUUCGGAAGCUCCCAAUGUCAAACUCUGGGAUGCGGCAAACGGCGACUUCCGGUUGAUACCUCACGAAUCCAUGGACUCUAUUCUAUCCAUUGCAUUUUCGCCUGACGGUACACAUAUAGUAUCAACGACCCGUGAUGGUGUUUUGAGCUGCUGGGACAUGGCGACGCAGAAACUUGUUUGUUCAUUUGGAGGGGAAACCUGCAACAUACUUUCGUCAAUCUACACAGCAGAUGGAACCCAACUUGUUCUUGCCUGCGAUGAUGGAAUGGUGCGGUUGCUCCAUCUUUCAACUAGAAACUGCAAGGAAAUGAACGAGGCACAUGAUAGUCCCGUGAGGAUUGUUACAAUGUCGGGAAGCGGAUCCAAGCUUGCUUCUUACGCAACGGCAAGUCUCAAGAUUUGGGAUGAAGACACCCUGACAUGCAUCGCCAACUAUACUUCAGCAUCCGACACUACAAGCGAAGUAAGCAAAAUGCUCUUCUCUCCUGAUGAACAACAUCUCGUCGUUCUCUACGAAGCUGGGGAAAUCAAGGUUGAGAUUCUGAGUGUCGCAACAGGACACUGCGUCGACAAGCUCGUUGGGAUUUGCGGGCUUGCCAACCACAUGGCAUUCGAACCAUCUGCCGGAUCCAGCCUACGAGUACGACUACUCACCAAUGUGGGCGCCCUUGAAUUUGACCCGCCUGGCUCAGCUGCUACGAGUACGAGUACUGGUGUUCAUGCAAGGCCAUCCUUCAGCAGCCAAAGAGCGGUAACUACGAUUGGACUUGGUCUCAGCAAAGACGGGGAAUGGAUUACGUGGGACUCGCGCAACAUGCUCUGGCUGCCACCCGCGUUCAGAAUCUCAGCAUCGGAUAUCGAUGUCGCGGCCUCUCUCCUUGCUCUUGGAUCUCGCCUCGGACGGCUGCUCCUCAUAGGCGUCGACCCGUCCAAAAUGCCGGUGAACGUUCUGGACGCCUCGCCGCGGGCCUUGGCCUAG